GUUAAGGAAACGCCUUAGGCCGGAAGGAUUGCACAGACGCAGGCUCCAGACUGCGCCUUGCCUUUUCUAUGAAGAAGUGCAACAAGAAAGAUGUGUGUUUUGCUUCGCCUCUUCCUGUUCAUGUGGGUUGUUGCUCUCCCUGUGUCUUUGGCAUUCAACAUUGACACCACAAAUCCCAAAGUCUACAAUGGCGAUCAAAAAGCUUUCUUUGGAUACAAAGUGCUUCAGUAUGUAUCUGGCUCCAAGAAGGGGAUACUUGUCACUGCACCGCUUCAGAAUAAUGGAACUGGGGCAGUAUGCAAACCAGAUCACAGCCAAACUAUCAAGUGCUUCAACCCACAAGGACUCUCAUUUGAAGACAAAGGCAUAGAAGUCAAGCACCUUGGACUGUCCAUAGCCAAAGACCCGAUACACUCCCAGUUCACUGUUUGCAGCCCCUAUGUAGCUCACGAAUGUUAUGAUAACUCCUACCUGAACAGUGUGUGCUACAAGAUGACAGACAAUCUACAGGAAAUCACCUCUUUCAAACCGAUUUUUCAAGAAUGUAGAAAGAAGACUGUAGAUCUCGUCUUCCUUUUUGAUGGGUCAAGGAGUAUGGAUGAUGAAGACUUUGAAAAAAAUAAAGAUUUCAUACUGGAUAUCAUGAACAGCCUCAAAAACACAUCGAUCAAGUUUGCAGCAGUUCAGUUCGCCACGUCUCAUAGAACAGUCUUUGAUUUUACUGACUAUCAAAGUGGGCGUGCACGCCAAAAGCUGAGUGAGGAACGUCAUAUGCAGAGCCUCACCAACACCCACCAAGCCCUCAAAUUUGUAUUGACAAACCUCUUUGAGAAUAAAGAUGCAGGUGCCUCAUCCGAUGCAGUGAAAGUUCUGGUCCUGAUCACAGAUGAUGAUCCAAGUGACACGGAUGAAGAUGCGAAUAUGAUUAUAAACACCUACACCGAAAAACGCAUCAUUCGAUUUGUCAUUGGGGUGAAGAUUGAGGACUUAAAUGAAUUAAAGAUGAUUGCUUCAGACCCCAAGGACAAAUAUGCCUUUAAAAUUGAGAAUUACCGGGGGCUCACAGGAUUUCUGGAAAACUUUCAAAAACACAUCUUUAACAUAGAAGGAGACACCAAAGUGGCUCGGGCACAAGACAUGACCAAUGAAAUGUCUCAAAGAGGAUUCAGUGCUGCAUUCUACAAGGACACUUUGAUUCUGGGCUCAGUGGGCUCAAACAGCUGGCGUGGUGCUCUGUACGAGCGUCAAGAUCAAACUGAGACACAGAUUGAAGAUUCACAAAUGCAGAUGGACUCUUACAUGGGAUAUUCGGUUUCUGUGGCACAGGUGAACGGGGUUCUUCUGUAUUUCACUGGUGCACCAAGAUUUGAGCAUGUAGGACAAAUUGUAGUCUUCACUCACACCGGGAACAACUGGAAUGUUGCCCAAAGAAUAAAAGGGAAGCAGAUUGGUUCCUACUUUGGGGCAGACCUUUGUACCUUAGACGUGGACUCCGAUGGUACCAGUGACUUUCUCUUGGUGGGAGCACCCCUGUUUUACCGCCCUCAGGAAAAAUCUGAGGGACAGAUCUAUGUCUACAGGCUGACUGAUAAGAUGCUGCUGAAAAGUGAAAUAAAUGUUACCCAACUGUCCAUGGGGAGAUUUGGCACUAGCAUAGCCAGCCUUGCAGACCUGAAUGGAGACGGGCUGCGAGAUGUUGCAGUUGGGGCCCCUCUCGAGGAUGCUAAUGCAGGGGCAGUGUACAUCUACUUCGGUGACAGACACCAAGGGAUGCGCAGUGUUUCUAGUCAGAGAAUCACGGGACGAGAAGUAAAACAUGGCAUCAGAUUCUUUGGACAAGACAUAAAUGGAAACAUAGACCUGGAAGAUGACGCACUACCAGACAUAGUAGUUGGAUCCUAUGGAGCAGCUGUUGUCUUAAGGUCCAAGCCCAUUGUUAAUGCUUUAGCUCGCCUGUCUUUUCAACCAAAGGAGAUAAGUCUUGAUAAGAUUGACUGCUCGGCCAACACAGACACCAUCUUACCCAUGGUUAACUUAACAGCCUGCUUUGAAAUAGUAGAAACAACGAAAAGUAAAGCAGGAAUGAAGAAAUUAGGACUAAACAUUUCGUGCAUGCUUGAUGUGGAUCCCAUGAGACAAUCGCACCGAGGUUUCUUCGCUCAAACUGACAAGAAAUCAAGGAAUCUUACACUCACCUAUCAACUGCUGGAUAAAGGCACUUGCUUCCUGUACCCCAUCUACAUGCCAAAAUGUGUGAAAGACACCCUGUCACCUAUCAGCAUCAAAUUAAACUUCUCCCAGGUGAAUAGUCACCGUGCAGAUGCUGUCCUGAAUGCAGAUGGCAAAACACAAGCUGUUGUCGAGGUUCCUUUUGAAAGAAAGUGUAAAAACAAUGACACCUGUAUUGCUGAAAUUGAAGUAACCUUCAAAUUCUUGACUCCGACGUUACUGGUGGCUGAAGAAAAUUACUUUAAUAUCUCCAUUACAAUAGCCAAUCAUGGUGACGACUCGUACAACACCAGCCUCACGAUGCACUACCCGCCAGGACUCUCCUACUCCAGGAUGUUUCAGAUCAUUACACAGGCCACAAGACGAACGCUCCACAAAUGCGAUGAUCUGGAUGGAGUGACUGACAAAACAAUAUGUGGCAUCAGCCUUCCUGUGUUUCGCAGCAAAUCAAUAGCAACAUUUCAAAGCUCUUUCCACAUCAGUACCGAGUAUCAGUGGAAUGACACUAUUGCAAUUAGUGUCACUGGAGAAAGUGAUAAUAACAACUCCACCCUGUUUCUGCUGACCAAGACGCUACCGGUACAAUUUGAAGUAAAAAUGGCAAUAACAGUGAAAGAGGAAACCACCACUUAUCUGAACUUCACAGAAGAGGACUCAGACCCCAAAAGAAUGGUCAUCAUAUAUAAGGUGGAUAACCCGGGCUGGAAGGCUUUUCCUGUCAACGUCUCACUGAGCUUUCCAACUCAACUCCAGUACAACUUUGAAAUGGAAAAUUAUCAAGUCUUUGUACAACAGAACAAAACUCAGUGCAAAAACAACACUGGAAUUCAUUCUGAAUAUUGUUCAGCAGAAAAACACUGCAAAAUCAUUCAGUGUGAUAAUGUGAUGCUGGAAAAGGAAUCUUCCACUGAGUUUGUAUUCUCCGGAGACAUACAAUUUAACGAUUUUAAAGAGCGUGCACAGAAUAAAGCGUUUCUGAAAAGAUAUACUGGAGAGAGUGCAGAGGUAAAGUUCAAAAGCAUGAUCCACAUUGAUUAUGACAAACACCGAUAUGUGCUGGAUUCUUCUCAUGAACGAGAGAAUAAAGGACUGGCACAUGAAAAGGGGGACGCCAUGUGGAAAGAGAGCAAUCCCACAACAAAAUUGAGUGAAGUUCACGUCGAGUUCAUUAUUUCGCCUGAUACACAGUUCAUAAUUUUAACGGGAACUGGACUCGGACUUUCACUUUUGAUUCUCGUGACGUGCAUCAUGUACAAGCUGGGAUGCUUUAAGAGAAAAACAGUCCAGUAUUAUCAAGAGCAAGAAGAGGAGGCUGCCCAUCAGAUGGGAACUGCUGCUCAGGACAACGGCCUUGCCAGCCAGCCCGCGCGCGAACCGCUCGCUGAGGAAAAAACACUUCUUGAAGACAAGCAGUCGGCUGACACAGAGGCAGCCCUGGAAUAAAUGACCAUGAUGGGAUUCAUACGCUCGAGCAAAAUUUAUGGACAUAGACGACGACACUGUCGAGAGAACAGUGCGAUGAUACACUGUCAAUUAUUUGAGUGAUUUACGGUUGACUAUUUGAUGUGGAUGGGGGUUCAUACUGGCUGCAUUUUGUCUUAGUGAAUGUUUUUUUCUCAACAUCAGCUACAGGGUGUGUUGUGGAUCUGCUGAGGAUGUCAAAUGCCAAAUCUGCUAUUACAACAAAAUGGAGGUAUUCACAGGACGUCAUCGUCACUUUCAAACUUUGUGCUAACUACUGUGAACGGCUGAGGCAGGUCAAGAAAAAACAAAGAACAAACGCAGGGGUCAUCAGUCAGAAGGAGUCAUCUUGCAUCAUGACAACGCAAGGCCUCACACAGCAGCCCAAACGGUGCAGACCGUCAACGAGCUGGGCUGGGAAUUGUUCCUUCAUCCCCUUUGCAGCCCAGACUUUGCCCCUUCAGACUUUCACCUGUUUGGUCCCUUAAAAAUGUUCACGAAAGCCACAAAGUUUGAAAGUGACAAUGUCAAAAGUGUUGUGAGUGGCUGACUGAGACAUUGGUCCAAAGAUGUUUAAACUGAGGGAAUAUGGAAGUUUGUGCAGAUGGGAAAAGAGUGUGACAGUGCUGGGAGGCUAUGUUAAAAAAAAGAAACAAAAGUAAGCUAUCUGUGUUGGAAUUCCUUAUACCAAAAAGAAAAUCACCUUAUUUAUUGAUAGCCUCAUAUAUUAAUCCUGUUGGCUUCAUUGAGCUGCAGCUGUGGUAUUUUGUAGUUCACCCGUGACCCCACGCACUGCAUGGUGAUAGAAAGGGCAAGAUAGCAUAUUUUUUUUGGGGGGGGGGAUCAGCAUGUCUGGGCUCCCCUUUACAGAUAGUGUGAGUAGCGUGGCUCUCUGAGAAAUAACCAACUGAGGUGACUCGGCGGUGUGUUUUGGAUACGUCCCUUGUGUAUUUGGCAUGUUCAACUGAAAGACAGUCUCGGGGCAGACGGUGGGCACACCGGAGGGAUAACAUCUCACAACAGUCUUGGCUACACUGUGUCCCCCGAGGAACAACAGGAGGAAGUGGCUUAACCCUGGAGAACCCAAGAACCCUUUUCUUCUUUGGAAAAUGAGGAAUUAUACGUUAAAUGACUGAUAUAUGUUCACUGAACACCAAAAUAUGUGGGGGGGGGGGGGGUCAAAUAGUCAAUGCUUUCAUCCUAAUUUAAGAUUAGGGCCAAAUUUGACCCUUUGGGAUUUAAGGGUAGCAUUUGAGUAGCAGAAUUUAUAGGGGCCAAAUCUGACCCCGUGGGUUCUCCAGGGUUUUAAGACAAGGAGGUCUGGAGAUCGGUCAGCCUCCUGGCCCUGCAGAAUUAACAGUGAUGAGUGAAGAAUGUUCGAUGGACUGAUUGCACAAAGUCAAGAAAGAUUUGUCAUUCAUUAAAAAAUGUAUUUUGA